AUGCAGAUGAUCAUCCCGACCGUGUUCGACAGUGCGGUCUCAUCGUGGAUCUCUUAUGAGUUUCGCGGGCGCGAUCGCUCCGGAAAGGAGCAGAUAUUCAUAAGUCAAUUGGCUAUGCCAUAUCUAACAGAACCUGGCACUCAUUGUACCCUCGCCCCACCAUCUGAUAUCACGGGUUAUGUUGAGUGGGUCGAAGCAUUGCCCUUACAAACCGCGCAGGCUGUCGUACACCAUAACUUCCCGGAUACCCGUUCACUGUCUUUCGUUCCUGGCAUUGACGAUCACGACCGAGAAAUCUUCCGUCACUUCGUAUGGGGUAGCAAGUCCGCCGACGGUCAUAUUCGAGGAAACUUGGUUGUCGCUAUCCAACCGUCUUGGAUAGUAUCGGACUGCGACUUGAACGAUUUCGUCGGGUGCAAGACAUUUCCCCUGAAGAAGUUAACGCCGGAGGACAAGAGGGGCGCACCCGUGGCUGCUCGGCGGCUACGUAGUAAUAGGCGCUUAUGGGCCAAGCUUUGGGAUACAUGUUACCGAUACCGAAGUCGUUUCUUUGUCCUUUCAACCUACGAGGGCUGGGUGUUCGGAAGCUUCUCCAUCGGAUGGACGACCGGCUUCGUGUCCCCAGUGAAAACCUUCGAUGUCCAUGCACCGACAAUCUUGCACUGCCUGAUAUACUGGCUAUCAAGUGCCAGUGCUCGCGGUCAUAGUAGAUGGAUAACGCCAAUAGUGUCUGGGGAGCCCUCGGAUGAUGAAGGCUCAGAUAUGUUCGAUGAGGCAGCAUCUACGGCUGUUGCACCGUCUAUCAACUGCGGGUCCUGCUCUAUGGUGCGGUCAACCGAUUCUGCAACUUGGAUCGGAGGCGCAUUAUUACACAAGCGUACGGAUAGAAGACCAGACAGGCGGCCAAAAACGCCACUUCUACACGGUAACACGCUCGAGGAUCCUUCUACAGCAAAACAAUCAGUGACCCUCGCCCGGAAACGGGAUGUGGCAGAUUCCGACGCUCAUGAUACGCCUCCGGCUGAAAAGAGGAGGCGGCGAUCUUCGGACGAUCGCACGCUGUGCGACGGCCAUGACGGCGAUACGCCUAUGUUCGACGCAAGGAUUGGAAAGACUGACGCCCUCUCUCACGCUCGGCGCGGAAGUCAUACGGCCAUCCCCGUCUACGAUCUCCCACCGCUUUCUAUCCCAGAACGCCAUCUAGCUGAUACGACAAAUGAACUGCAAGAACCGGGACUGCGGCGAUUCUGUCCUUUGUCACCGAUAACGACGCCUGGCUUCAAUACCCUCCCACCGGGUCCGCAUCCUGUGUACACGACAUCUCUGCCAGAGGAACGAUCACCGGAUAUCGUUCAGGACCUUCGACCGCACAGCGGUGUCCAUCCCUUCGCCCAACCAAGCUACGACCCUGAAUCUCCUACCUCACCCUUAGAGUCUCGAUAUGGGGUCACCGCACCCGUGUUGAAAGAUCGGGUUCUAAUUUGGCGGCGAGGGGUGCCAUAUCCGGACAUCCGGCCGGUGUUCGCUGUCGAGCUCAAGAAGGACCCAUAUGUUCACAUUACUAUUCCCACCGCCGGCCCGCAGCCUCAUGCCCGCAAGCGGAAGCAUAGUUACCCCAGAUUAUCCUACGAGCCUAUGGACUCUCGACCACGACGACACACCUCUCCGUGUUUCUGCUAGCCAAUCCUGGUUGAGACAUACGACCAGUCUCGAGCAAGGACCAGCGCGCCGCUACGGAAUGUGUACCUAUCCUUGGUUUCGGUUGACCCACACACGAGUCAGGACCGGAAAUAGCUUGACUCGUGAUUUUCCUCGGACGCGAUCAGUACUACCGAUAGCGAGGCGACACCGCUCCUCUCCUUGCCCUGCCCGGACUUGCGGGCCGCAACGCAUUGCAGAUGGGAAGAGCCCAUCAAACAUGCCUUCGCCGUGACGAUCUCGGAAGAGUCCGAGAAUAUGCCUCCCGCUCUCCCCAACAGCCUCCAACUUUCU